AUGGCGUCGGGUACUGUUACGGAAAGUAAACGUGUGACAAAUUUAAGUGUGACUACCAAUUAUGGCAGAGUAUCGGCAAGUGGAACGGAGAAGAUCAAAGUCUCGUUCUGCACAGAUGUGGACAAGUCUGUGAUAGUUCAUAAUUUCGAGAAGAGGGGAUGGGUUCAAGUUGGUCCUGAAGAUGACUGGAAUUUUUAUUGGGCUGUCACACAAUCGUGCAGAAAUAUAUUCAGCGUGGAAACCGGCUACAGAAUGGACGACAAAAAUCAUUACGAGUUAACACGGAAGGACCUUUUAGUGAAGAAUAUAAAACGUUACCGUAAGGAAUUGGAACGCGAGGGAAAUCCACUGGCAGAAAAGGGAGAUAUUCCAGGAAAAUAUCUUUAUCUCGAUUUUAUUCCAGUCACAUUCGUUUUACCUGCAGAUUAUAACAUGUUCGUGGAAGAAUACCGGAAGUCGCCGCAGAGCACGUGGAUCAUGAAGCCAUGCGGAAAAUCACAAGGUGCUGGGAUAUUCUUAAUUAACAAAUUAAGUAAAUUGAAGAAAUGGUCUCGAGAAGCAAAAAACCCAUUCAAUCCUAAUCUAACCAAAGAAUCAUACGUAAUUUCUAGAUACAUUGAUAAUCCACUCUUGAUUGGAGGCAAAAAAUUUGAUCUUCGAUUAUACGUUCUUAUUACAUCCUUUCGACCGUUGAAAGCUUACUUGUUCAAGCUUGGAUUUUGUCGUUUUUGUACGGUGAAAUACGACACCAGUAUUCAAGAAUUAGACAACAUGUACGUUCAUCUUACAAAUGUAUCCGUGCAAAAACAUGGUGAGGAGUAUAAUAGCAAACACGGUGGAAAAUUAAGUGUGCACAAUUUGAGACUGUAUUUAGAGAGCACGCGUGGAAAAGCGGUGACUGAAAAGUUGUUCGCAAAUAUCACUUGGUGUAUUGUACACUCUUUGAAAGCUGUCGCCCCGGUUAUGGCGAACGAUCGACACUGUUUCGAGUGCUAUGGCUACGAUAUCAUAAUCGAUAACGAUCUAAAACCAUGGCUCAUUGAGGUGAACGCGUCUCCGUCUCUGACCUCCACGACGGUGAACGAUCGAAUUCUGAAAUACAAAUUAAUCGACAACAUAAUAUCGAUCGUCGUGCCUCCGGAUGGAGUGCCAGAUGUAAAAUGGAACAAGUGUCCGCCACCGGAAGCACUGGGGAAUUUCGAGCUGCUCUUGGACGAAGAGCUGUGCGCUCAAGAGGACAAGGAAUUCUCGUCCGGAAAGUAUCGUGGCUUGUCGAGCAAGUGGAAAUAA